CGGAUUCGUUUCUCGAGUGUAAUGGAUUUUUUGAGCGACUGGCCGAGAAUUGGAGAGAGAAAAAUUGCUUCGAGGGACGAGGAGGAUGCGCUGUCAAGUUUGAAAAAUAAGUACUAGACUCGGAAAUCUUCUGGAAGCCGAAACGAGAACGACCAAAGUUUCACUUUCUCUUCGACCGGAAAUCGACUGUACAAACAUCGUCCUGUCCCCAGGAAUCUUUUCCAUUGUCGCAAAUCGGCAGGCUGCCACUUAUUGAAAAGUCAAAGUCAAUAUCGCUCCUACAGUACCCCAUCGUGGUUCAUCUAGAGUGCAAAGUAAAACCUGUCAAGCUGCACCCUCCUGGUCGGAGCGUGCAAUUCGAGGUGGUGGUGGGAGAGAACAAAGAAAGACAGACAAGACAUACUCGACGGAGAGAAUUCUAUACCACUACUUUUGUUUUACAAAUACGGCCACUGCAUCACGAGGAUCGAUCUGCGUACUAGGCUCAGUUCUUGGGCUGGAAAAAUUCGUAGCUGGUUUUAGCUUGACCGUUUCUACUCAGCAUCCACAGAUCUCAUGACGGAUAUCGCAAGAAAAAACUGUCUCAGUCUCAAUUUGUACAGCGACUUUAUUCGCUUUUUACUAUAUUACAGUGCUUCUCCACCUUUGUCAUGCUGGACGCGCAAGAAAAGCAAGAAAGUCGCCCUUUGAUGCGAUUGGUUUGUCUUGAUGUUGAGACUCAGACAGUGUUUGCAUGCGAUAAGCGACACCGUCGGGUGGGGCCCGAAAAACAUCUUUACGCCGACUACACUCUGCGGCAAUUGGAGCGAGGACCGGUACUAGUGUUUAUAUGUUGGUUUUAUCACAUCUGGAUCUGAUUUCAUCUGUUCGAUUGCGUAUUCUGCAUCACAAGUAGAACUUGCAAGAAGGUCAUUGGCGUAUGCAUUUAGACGAAUAAACUCCACUAUCUGUAUCACCAAAAUUUAGGUGGGACAAGGAAUUCCAGGAGAAGCAGCGGUAUGCGAAGGUCUAUGCGUUACCAGGCCGAGGGUCGACCGGUUGGACAAAGACCUCAGACGCGAUCGGGGAGAACAUGAAAGAAGAAAUGAUCAAAAAGUAUACACCCUUAUUACUAGUUUGUCAUGCAGUUUUCUAGUAUGGUUAUGGUAAACAUAAUGCGAACGUACGAAAAAUCCACCCUCCUUGUCUGAAACAUUCAAAACGUACCAAACUAUUCAGGGUUACCGUGGUCCGGGAGAUUGACGUGCUGAAGUAUGCACAGCUGCUAUCGAACAGAAGAAGUAAAGUUCUUUUCUUUUCUCGCUUCAAAACAGCAUGUGAAAAAAUAAACGCCGUGUAUCUCUAUCUGUAUAUGUUGAUGCAUGACAAACAGCUCUCGUUCUGUCCCGUGUUACUUACACGAUCGACUGCAGGAGGCAGCUAAUAUACUGCUCAACAUUACUUAGAAGUGCGGCUACGACGAGAGGACUCUUACACUCACGACUUACGGUUGCAGUAGCGUCUAGCUCUUGUAUAAUUUUUCCUUUCUUGAUGUUGAUGAUGCUGCUGUUUGCCCCGUGGUUGCUUCGUUCGGCUUUUUUGCUAUCUUGAGCUGUGAAGAGGACUUUUUUCUUUUCCGCUCCAUAGCCUCCCCCAGAGGAUAUUGAGAGAAAAAAUCCCCCCUCCCCAUAUUGAAAAGGUAUGUUUCCAGAAAUUUGUGUUGCGGAUUUGAGGUCACAAAUCACAUCUGUCUUGCAAGAAAACAAGGGCAGAAGUUUCCGCCCCAUUAUGGAAGCGAUUUGUCAUGCUGUUAGCCCUAAAAGCGACCCGCUUGCCAUGCUGAACAACUAGACCCAUACGCCCCUACCUAGCCUGGGGAUCUCGCCGCGAUGCCUCUGCGCAAUACAAACCUGAUUUGUGUACACAAAUCCAGCAUCAGAAAUUCCGUUUUGAUAUGGGGAGGGGGGCUUUUUCCUUUCGAUAGAGGAGAUGUACAGCACACACAACCGGCGCGACUUCAACGACCCGAACGAAUAUCCAGUAUUAAAAGUGCCACUCCCGAGUGGAGCAGGUGGGAUGAAAAAUAACCGACUAAAGCUUUACUGUGUGUUAAGUAUCAUGAUCUACUCACAGGUUUUCAUUGAGUAAUUCACAUAGACGGGUGCUAUGACGAUCUGCAGUUGUUGACACGACGACGAAUUACGUUGUUCACGCUCUCUCAAAAGCAGUAUUAUCAUAGCUGAUUGAUUCAAUGACACCUGCUCGACUGAGAAGUAUUAAAAGUUUGGCUUCUAUAUCUUUCGCUACGUCCCGCCGGAGCGCGCGCGCGAGGACGCCUUCGACCCGGAGUGGCUCGCGGAGUACCGAAAAACCUGGUACAAAGUUCAAUGUUGAUUCUUCAUUGUAUGUCCUCUUCUCAUCAUGCAUGGUGCUAGAGACGCAGACGGGCUUUCUGACUGGAUCGGGCGGGCAUUGCAAAGUGUCGUAAAGCUACAUGAGAAAUCGCGAUGCUACUUGUCAUGCAGUAGUACUUGUAAUUGAAUUUCAAUUUGAAAAAUCAUCAGGACCCACGCCGAUGGUUGGCUGUACACGCGAAAGGAACAGUAUGCAAAACUGAAACUGUGGUGUGAGUUAGCGCGGCUUCUCAAUAAUUUGUGAUGCGUGCUGUGUAGUGGAAAAAGAAAAUUAGCAUACAGCGGAUGAUUAAUAAAACUCUCAACAUCAUGGUUCUUACUGCCGGAGUCAUGCAUGUUAACAUUGGUAUACGAACCGUCUACAUGAUUCGCAUGGCAAAUUGAUGACCCAUAAAGGUAAGCAGCCGUUCACUCGAUGCUUUGGUUCCAUACAAUCUUCAAAGGCCGUGCGUAAACCGACGAGGAUCAUUUUUGUACGCAUGCUGUUGCAGUGGAGCUACAGCUACCAGUCGAACAAACUUAAGUAGGGCACAGAAACCUCCAGGCUGCACCAAACUGACGUAGAUAAUAUGUCUUUCCCUCGAUAAUUGAUGUCUUCCCCUCGAGUUCUAUUAACGAUGGCCACAACUACCCAAAAUUGAUGAUGAAUAGUAAAGGAUAACUUUUCUUUCCGUUUUUCGAGCUUCCUGUUUGACAGCUAAGAAAUCUCCGCAGCCUCGGCGCAAGAACGUAUGAACUUCGAAUGUAGCUGUGAAUGUGAACUAAAAUUGAUGAAAUGAAUACAACAUAAUUUUUAUCUCCGAAAUAGGUGCAAGUGCAACUACUACAAGUCGACUUUUCAUCCCGGAUCGAGCAGAAUCAAGAACUUUUCUGAACUCGUUUAUGUAGAAGGCAAUUUGAUGCAGUACAGAAAUUUAAAGAAUAUCGAGAGCAGUUUAUUGCUGAAAAUGACAGGUGGAUUGAUGGAG